AACCCUGGUAGGAACAUGCACUUCAGGAGCAGUGCUCCCCUUUUGCUGCUGCUGCUGCCUCUUUGUCUUCUGGGGAGAGUGCUGGAGGUGAGAGGGCAAGAGUGGGGGUACCUGCAGGAGGCUCUGAAGGCCUUGGAUCUUCCUCUGUCGAUGGACGACGAACCUCAGCUGCAGAAGAACAAAACUGGUGUCCUGAUCACCACGCUUCUUCAGGCGGUGCACUGUGCAGAGCGAACUGGGAGCUCUCAGGACAUCUGUGACAAGUGCCUGACGCCAGACAUAGCCCUCUCUGUGCUAGAGGAUGAUGGGAAGACUUACCUCACUGAGGAGGACUACGAGCGGAUCUCGACUGUCCUGCUGUACUACAUAAUUAACUUGCAAGAUCUGUGUGUGUCAAACACUGCCUCCCCUUCCUCCCUUUCCUCCCUUUCCUCCUCCUCAUCUGGGAACUAUCAGUUCUACCUUUUGGCUCUCACCAAUCUGCACCCAGCUGAGGACAACCAGUUCUUAUCACUUAGUGAAACAGAGAGUGUUCUGCAGCUCAUAAACCAGCACUACGACCCCUCCAACCAAGAUACCUCAUCUGAUCUGCAAUGUAUUGAUGCCACUCAUCUACUUGAAGAUGUUGACGUAAAAGAAAACCCAGGUGCUGGUGAGUCUUCUGUGCCCAAAGUGGCCGCAGCCAUCGUCAGCCAUGUCCUGCAGGGCCACUGUUUCAGACGGAGGAACCUCCCGUCACCUGCUUUCUUUACCAACUACAUCUUUCAAUCCCUGAAUCGCACAAGUAACCUACAGGUUAUAGAGAUGCCACUUCUCUACUUAGAGGAGUUGCUUCAUCAGCUGGGAGUGGGUCGGGAGGGAGCUGCUCUCUCUCAUGACAGGAAGAGGCGGAGCAUCAGGGGAAGUUCACAGAGAGGAGUGGGGCAUCAGGUGGAUGGCUGUAACCAUGACACUGGAGGAAAAAGUACAGACUGGGCACAGGUGUGUUUCUCAGCCAAUCAGUUGGUGGAUAUUUUUGCUCUGGAUCCUCAUUUGCCAAUUUCCAAGGAGCACUUCAGACAAAUUUGCCCAGCCAUUAUUCAGCAGUUGCUAGGCAAUGCCUGUGAGUCUGCAGAGCAAAAAACAAGAGGAUCUCUGCCCACUGCUCUCGAGAAGUACGGCUACAGCACGGCUGCUGUCCUGCUCAUCACAGUGGGGUCCAUGUUCGGUAUUUGCCUCAUCUUCUUCAACUCCUGCCAGGAAACCUACGCACUCAUCCUGCAACUGUUUGUGGGCCUGGCAGUGGGAACCCUCUCAGGAGACGCUCUCCUGCACCUCAUACCACAGAUUCUGGGCCUCCAUGACAGCACUCACAGUCAUGAUGAGCACUAUACUGAAGGAAAGGAGUAUCUGUGGAAGAUUCUGGGCAUGAUCGCUGGGAUUUAUGGCUUUUUCCUUAUAGAGAGAAUGUUCUCCUUUUUCGUUCCUUCUCAUGGCCAUGGUCACUCCGGUGACCUUCCCUUAGAGCUCAGCUGCAAUGGUCAGUCACAGAGGGGCAAGUCCAUCUCCACCAUACAGCUGGGACCAGUGGAUGACUUGGAGUGUACAGAAAUAUCUCCUGAACAUGCAAACACAAGGAGCUCUUCACAUCAGAGACAAGGGGUUCCUCUGCUGGCUGUGAUGAUAAUCGUGGGAGACAGCCUUCAUAACUUUGCCGAUGGCCUGGUUGUCGGGGCGGCCUUCUCCUUUUCAGCCGAGACCGGCAUGGCAACCACUGUGGCUAUCUUGUGCCACGAGAUCCCGCACGAGAUGGGGGACUUUGCAGUGUUGCUAAGCUCUGGACUCUCAGUGAAGACUGCUGUGCUAAUGAACUUUCUCAGUGCUCUGACAGCCUUUAUGGGCCUCUACAUUGGACUCUUUGUUUCCUCAGAGACAGAGGUGCAGCAGUGGAUCUUUGCUGUCACUUCUGGGAUUUUCCUCUACCUGUCACUGGUAGAAAUGCUUCCAGAGAUGAAUCGAGUGAAGACCGACAGACCAUGUCUCAUGUUUCUCCUACAGAACCUUGGUCUAUUAAUGGGUUGGGCCUGUCUUUUGCUCCUCGCACUCUUUGAACAUGAACUCAAAAUCUAAAUGCACACACGCCUGAGUGUACAUGAUGUCUGUUCAGUAUCUAUUCAAAUAGGGUUGAACUGUAACAAGUGUUGACUUGAUUUUUUUAGUGUUCUCUGAAAUUUUCUUUGACUUGUUGAUUUUUAUCUGCUGCUGUGCACAACAGUAAUUUGUGCAAGUUUUAGUUUGUGCACCCAGAAUGUUUUAACAAGUCAUUACUGGUCAAGGAGUGAGUAUUUCAGGAUGUUGUAGUCUCAGCACUGGAUGAUACAGUAAAUACGUCAUGUUUAUGAAUCCAUUCUUUUUUAUACGUGAUGAUUUAUUUUUGUAUGUUAGGUGUCAUGUGUGCUGGUAUCUGGACACUUGAUGUCUAGUUGAAACUCUUUAUUUGGCAGCAUCGUGCAAUUGUGCAUAUCUGUUGUUCUGUGAAAAUAUUCAUGCUGCCUCAGAUAAUCAGAUCCUUUGAUUUUGAUCAUU